AUGACUUUGUUUUUUGGAAAGAUUGUAGAGGGUGUCAAGAGCAUGCAACCCGUCCCCUGGCAGCAUGAAGGCACACAGCACUCGUCUAGAGCGUACAUCUUGUGCUGCUGCGUGGAUGCCCCCGCACGCGCAUCUGUGCAGAACAUGGUACUGUUCAACGGGUACUACGGGUGCCCAUGGUGCCUAAUCAAGGGAGAUUACGUUGAUGGGAGCCUCAGAUUCCUCUCCUUUGAGGAUGCACGUGGGAGGACGUCAGCAGGUGUCCUACGGGACAUGAAGGUGGCCCUGGAGUCCUCCUUGGUCAUCAACGGCUACAAGGGUCCGUCUCCAGCCGUGAGCCUUCCAGACUUUGACCUGGUGUGGGGGUUCACGGUGGAGUACAUGCAUGCUGUACUCCUGGGCGUCAUUCGCCAGAUCACAGAGAUGCUGCUGUCGUCUGUAAACUCCAACGAGUGGUUCUACAUAGGUAAGAUGGCAGGAAUACUCUUAACUUUUAGUAAAGGUUUUCAUGGGAAAGUUGUUGAUCAUUUCACUAUCAACCGGGUUCUAUAA